AUGGCGCGCACAAUGAAGGUAAGCUCGCCUCCAAGGUCUAGUAGAUCUGAGAGGCAGUUUCCUAUACCACCGUUCGGCACACCCCCUCCAAACCCGCCGCACCUGGCAUUAUACAAAGACCUCAAGUCUAGUGACAUAACCCUCCUCUGCGGAUCGCAUGGUUCCUACCGCAUUGGAGGUCAUCCGAAAGUGCUGUGUUGCGCGAGUCCUUGGUUUGCGAACGUUCUCAAUGAUCCUAAGUAUAACAGCCACCACCUAGUCCUACCAAACUCCGACCCAGCAGCUGUAGAACCGCGCCUAGAAUUUUGCUAUGUCGGCCGUUACGCCUCACCAACUGAUCCGUACUACAACGCUGACGUAGCAAAAGCAAACCUUGAAUUCCACGCGAGAGUGCUCAUGGUGGCGCACAAGUGCAAGGCCACUGGUCUCGCUCAGUCUGCGCUGCAGAAGAUACGGGUAUUGCUAGACGGAUGCGCACUCAAGGAGGUCACCCCAUGGAUCAAUUCACUCAAAAAGAAAGGAGUUAAAUGUAUACUACUCCAAGAUGGUGCUCCAGCUCACAAAUCACGUAUUGCUCGUGAUUAUUUGACCCUACAUCACAUUGAGCGCCUGUGGUGGCCUGGUCAUUCACCAGAGGUCAACGCAUCAGAGCAUGCCUGGCCCUGGAUUCGACGGCACGUGACAAAGGACUUCAUGCCAAGCUGUACAGGAAACCAGUGUGAGAAGCAGUGGGUGGAGGGAUGGGGGCGUAUGCCUAUUGAGGUGAUCAAUCGAUGGGUGGAUGCAUAUUGACGUGUAGUAUUGACCUGGCACCUUUUCGUAUCUGUUCGUUGCGGAAGAAUAGUCACCAGGCAGUCUCGUCUUUCUCGUUAUUGUAUCAAGGGUCACCAGAACGGCGACGAGCAUCCAGGUUGCACGAUGCUGCAGAGGUCGUUAGGAGAAUUAUGUGGAGGUGUCUGUUGUCAUGUGAAGCCUUAGCAUGACGACUUGACAUCUAGAUUAUUGACGUGCUGUAUGUGUUGUGCUUGACACAGACGAGUGACUGGAUUAACUCUCAUACUUACUGCGAUUGGACUAGACAGCACGGCGUGACUGCACUCGGUGUCUGUAUAGCUCAUCCAGUAUGCCAGGCGAGCAAGAGAUGGCGCGUUCUGAACGUGGCUGUACCACAGGGUGCUUGCCGACGCCUCUAGAAGGACGCCACGCAUUAAGCUGAUUCUAGGAUA